CUGGUGGGUCUCUGAGGCGAUGUAUCUUGGACCGUUGGGACUUCCGUGACCAGCAAGAGCUCCGAAGUGAGAAACGAAUGGAUAAAGGUCUGUCUGUGAGUAGAGGGUUUGUGUUUACAGCCCAGGCCAGGGAGAUGGUAGGGUGGCCUCGGUGCCUCCGAGCCCGGAAGUCUCUGCUCUCUGCGGGGCGGAUCUGGAAGCGAAGCCAUAAGGGGCGGGACUUCCGCUAGAGACGCGCUGCUACCCGGAACGGUUUUCCCAGAGAUUAAACCAGAAGAAAAUGAUGUGGUGACCGUUUCUGAGCCCAGCUAUUCCAUAUGGAAUGCAGUGUAUGCAGUGUCCCAUGCCCUUCAUAAAAUGCUGCUGAGCAAAAUUGAAAUGGGACCUAAAGAAGACAGAAACAUGGACUGGCUUCUUCCAUGUCAGAAUGCAUUGACCUACAAUGAUGUGCAUGUGAACUUCACUCGAGAAGAGUGGGCUUUGCUGGAUCCUUCCCAGAGGAAUCUUUACCAAGAUGUGAUGCUGGAGACCUACAGGAAUCUCACUGCUAUAGGCUACAGUUGGGAAGAUCAUAAUAUUGAAAAGCAUUGUCAGAGUUCUAGAAGACAUAUAAGGUAUGAAAAUACUCAUAGUGGAGACAAACCCCCUGAAGAUACUCAAUAUGGUGAAGUCUUUACACAUCACAGGAGUCCCCACACAUAUGAAAGUAAGCAUAUUCGUGAGGACCGCUAUGAAUCAAACCAAUAUGGUAACGCUUUUGCACAUAACAGUCAUCUCCUAAGACAUAAAAGGACACAUAUAGCAGAGAUAUCUGAUGAAUGUAACCAAUGUGGCAAAGCCUUUGCAGGUAACAGUACUCUUAUAAUACAUAAAAAAGCUCACACUGGGGAGAAACGUUAUGAAAGUAACCAAUGUGGUAAAGCCUUGGCAAAUAAUGGUUAUCUCCUAAGACAUAGAAGAACUCACAGUGGAGAAAAACCUUGUGAAUGUAACCAGUGUGGUAAAGCCUUUGCAUGUAACCGUGAUCUCCUAAGACAUAAAAGAAUUCACAGUGGAGAAAAACCCUAUGAAUGUAACCAGUGUGGUAAAGCCUUUGCAUACAACAAUGGUCUCCUAAUACAUAAAAGAACUCACACUGGAGAAAAACCUUAUGAAUGUAACCAAUGUGGUAAAGCCUUUGUACAGAGGAGUACUCUCCUAUUACAUAACAGAACUCACACGGGAGAGAAACCCUGUAAAUGUAACCAGUGUGGUAAAGCCUUUGCAUACAACAGUGGUCUCCUAAUACAUAAAAGAACUCACACUGGCGAAAAACCUUAUGAAUGUAACCAAUGUGGUAAAGCCUUUGCACAGAGGUGUACACUCCUAUUACAUAACAGAACUCACACGGGAGAGAAACCCUAUGAAUGUAACCAGUGUGGUAAAGCCUUUGCAAACAGGUAUAUUCUCCUAGUACAUAACAUAACUCACACUGGUGAAAAACCUUAUAAAUGUAACCAGUGUGUUAAAGCCUUUUCAUCUAAACAAAAGCUCCUACUACAUAAAAGAAUUCACACUGGAGAGAAACCCUAUGAAUGUAAUCAGUGUGGUAAAACCUUUGCAUCCAACUACGUUCUCCUAAUACAUAAAAGAGUUCACACAGGAGAGAAACGUUAUCAAUGUAACCAAUGUGGUAAAGCCUUUUCGCAGAACAGUCAUCUCCUAAGACAUAAAAGAACUCACACUGGAGAAAAACCUUAUGACUGUAACCAAUGUGAUAAAGCCUUUACAUCUAACACUGAACUCCUAAUACAUAAAAGAACUCACACGGGAGAAAAACGUUAUGAAUGUAACCAAUGUGAUAAAGCCUUUGCAUGUAACAGUAAUCUCUUAAGACAUAAAAGAAAUCACACUGAAGAAAAACCCUAUGAAUGUAACCAAUGUGGUAAAGCCUUUGCAUGUAACAGUGAUUUCAUAAGACAUAAAGGAACUCACACUGGAGAAAAACCUUAUGAAUGCAUCCAAUGUGGUAAAACCUUUGCACAGAGGUAUACUCUCCUAGUACAUAACAGAACUCACACUGGAGAAAAACCCUAUGAAUGUAACCAAUGUGAUAAAGCAUUUGCACAGAACAGUAGUCUCCAAAUACAUAAAAGAACUCACACGGGAGAGAAACCUUAUGAAUGCAACGAAUGUAGUAAAGCCUUUGCAUGUAACAGUGUUCUCCUAAGACAUAAAAGAACUCACACUGGAGAGAAACCUUAUGAAUGUAACCAAUGUGGUAAAGCCUUUGCAUAUAACAGUGUUCUCCUAAGACAUAAAAGAACUCACACUGGAGAGAAACCUUAUGAAUGCAAUGAAUGUCGUAAAGCCUUUGCACAGAACAGUCAUCUGGUAGUACAUAAAAAAAUUCACACUGGAGAGAAAUCUUAUGAAUGUACCCAAAGUGAUAAAGUCUAUGCAUUUCAGAGUAGUCUAUAAAGUCUAUGCAUUUCAGAGUAGUCUCUGAAGACAAAAAGAACACAUCCUGGAGAAAAACCUUAUGAAUGUAAGCCAUGUGGAAUCAGCUUUUUACAACAGUCUCAUAAUAAAGUCUUUUCAUGUAAGAGUCAUCUUGAACAAGAACACUUAUUGGAGUGAAACCCUAUAAAUGUAAACAACGUGUGAAAAACUUUUCAUGCCAUAAUAAUCUCCAUCUACAUAGAAGAAUGCACACUGGAGAGAAACAUUAUAAAUGUAACCAAUGUGAUAGAGCAUUUUGACAUAAUAGUAAUCUCCUAUGACAUAAAAAAGACAUACUGGAGAUAAACCAUAUGAAUGUAAGCAAUGUGGAAAGGCUUUGCAUGUAACAGUCAUCUCCUUAUACAUAAAAGAGCUCACACUCGAGAGAAACCUUAUUAAUGUAACCUAUGUGGUAACAUACUUUCUCCAGCAGGGAUACAUUUCAUAAACAUUCCCAAAUGAUACCACCAACUGAGAAGGAUUCAUUUCUCUGACUUCAAAUGUACGUGUUUGAUUUCUGUUACAUGAAAGAAUUCAUGAUGAAGAAAACAUUUAUAGAUAAGCCUGUAGUUGCCUCAACACCUGAGUUCAGUAAUGAAUGCUUAUAUAAGUAAAACAUUCAUGAGUAAACAUAUUUAAGAAUUAGUUUUAAUUUCCAUUAUGUGAUAACAGUUUGUCUUUGUGUUUUUGAUGUGCCUGUCCUUUCUAGUUUCCAUGAAGACCAGACCUUAUCGUCUGGUCUUUCUGAGACCAGAUCUUCUCAUACCAGGAAUUCUAGAAAGUUGUCAAAAACCUUACCUAGGUCCUGGGAAUGAACUUGUCUUAACUGCAAAGCCAUGUCUCUAGUACUGUAAAUAUCUUAUAUUAUCGUGAUGUCAGGAAGUAGAAAAGAAUUCAUAGGAGAGCAACCCUAUUUGUACAAAGGAGUUGAUUACUUUGUACAUAAUAAAUGUAUCCAUUUUCAAGAAAAGAACCUUUUUUGUAUCUGUUUUUAUCAUAGCCUUGGAGGAAGUAAAUUAUUUACCAUGUUCCCUUAAAUGUAAUGGAGCAGAACACCAUUUAUGAUUGUGGUCUGAAUUUUGAACAUUGGAGUAGGGAUUGAAUUUGCUGUAUGUGUAGCAAAUCUAUUCACAGAAGUUUAUGAGGUUGUUCUGAUAUUCCUUCUGUGGUGGCUGUUCGUAUUCUAAUGCAUUUCCACUUGGUGAAAGGUAUUUUUCUGUGCAAUGUAUAGAAUGGGAUCCCCAUCAUCUAUGUGGUCCAUUGCUUAUUUAUAUCAGGCAGUCUGUGAUCAUAGUUUUCAAGGAAGGGUCUCUGAGGACGUGUGGUAUUUUUUUUUUUAUGUUUUCACAAAUUCAUUUAAAAUGUUUGUUUUUAAGCCUUGCUUGGAUAUCAAUAAUUAAUAAAUGCUCAAUAGUAUGUGUGUGUGUAUAUAUAUGUAUAUGUUGUUUGAAGUUCCAUGUUUCUGCAUUUUCCCACAUUUACUAUAUGGCACAUCAUCUUCCUAGAGAUUUAUCUAGCUUUCUUAGAGAUUAUCUAGCCUUCUUAGAGAUUUAUCUAGAGGUACUAGUUAAUGUAACAGCAAUGAGAUUUAUUUCAAAACAUGUUGUGUGUUUAGUGGACUAUUCAUUCUUAGGCUAUGACAGAUAUAUGAAGACUGUCUGACACUUUGUGGGGUUUAUUUUAGUCAUGCUUAUAUGAUCUUCAAGUUUAUGUUGUCAGUUUUGCAUAACAGUCUUCCCACUGAGCUCACUGACAUGCACAAAAUUAGUUGAAACAUUACAUCAGUACAAUAUUGUAUUUUAUUCAGAUUAUGAAUAUAUUGUCAUCAGAGAAUGGAAUAAUAUAAAAUGAUUUGAAUAAUAAAUGCUACUUGCAAAUGAAAA